AUCUUUUUGGGGGGAAACCAACCGAUCCAGUGUGCCCCCAUCCUGUUUAGUAACGUGCAUACGAAGAAUUUGCUUUCCAUUAUCCGGAGAAAAAAAGCCAUCAACAACAGAAGAAGAAGAAGAAGAAAAGGAAGGGGAAAAUGCCGGGCGACAGGAAGAUAGGGGUGGCGAUGGACUUCUCUAACAAUAGCAAGAACGCCCUGAAAUGGGCCAUAGAUAAUUUGGCAGACAAAGGAGACAGUCUUUAUAUCAUCCACAUCAGUGCCAAUUCUCUGGAUGAUUCUCACAACAAUCUCUGGGCCAAAUCCGGUUCUCCGCUUAUCCCUUUGUCUGAGUUCAGAGAACCAGAGAUCAUGAACAAGUACGAUGUGAAAACUGAUAUAGAAGUUCUUGACACUCUUGACACUGCCUCCAGACAGAAAGAGGUUGGACUUUUCUAAAAUCAUCUAGGUCUAUUGAUUCCCAAUUGAGAUUUGUAGUUUUUCAAUCUGAACUGGCUUAAAAAAAGACAAAACCAAUUUCAGCGCUUCAUAUGCGUGCCUGAUUCAUUCAUGGUAUUAUAUAUGUUUUAUGGUUGUUGAUUUUUGCAUUCCAUUACCAACCUGUUUUGUAGAUCACCGUUGUUACAAAACUUUACUGGGGAGAUGCCAGGGAAAAGCUUG